AUGGCCCGACUGGAGGCAUACGAAAUCUACGAAAAGGCAUGCAAGUACGACGUAGAGUCAGACAAAACUCGUAUUGCGUUCUGUCUUCAUGUGGGCGGAAAAGAGGUAGAGGGCCCCACUGUACAACUCUACAACAUCCGGCACAUCCUUCACACAGAGAGCCCGGAUGGCACUCCUUGGGAGCCAAGUCAGACGACUGUCAUCUGCAGUUGCCACUUCGUCGGGAACGAAAAAAGCGCUGACCAGACGCAUCCUUCCUACGUCCCCUCAGUAUUUCCAGCGAUGUACAAAGCCAAAUCCGUCGUGGGAUUGGCCCCUGUUGAGCGUUAUGAAAGAUUGCUUUUGUCAAUAACAAAGGAUUCUGGAUUCAUAGACCUUGUCGAGGUGGGUGAUCUAAUUGUGGCUGACAAAGGAUUCCCUGGCAUCAACUCCCACCUCGGACAGAAAGGUGCACUUCUAGUAAUGCCUCCAUUCUCAUCAGGAAAUGCACAGUUCACCACCAAUGAAAUGGACACAACAUAUUACAUUGCACAAGUUAGGGUGCAUGUAGAGCGUGUGAUUCAGCGGAUCAAGACCUUUGACAUCCUGAAUUCCACCGUACCAGCUGAGCUUGUGCCAUACAUGACUGACAUUUUUCGUAUGUGCGCAGUACUUGCAAAUCUUCAGCCACCCAUUUUCAAGACGCAGCAAUGA